AUGAAUCUGCAGCUGGCAAAUUGGUCCUUCAGCAAUGUCAGUUCAGGCUGUGGCAGACAGGAGGAGGCGAAUCCUUCUGAAGAUACACCAUCAUUUGCUUUCAUCCUUUCAGGCACCAGCACAGUAUUGGUAACCCCGUGUAUUGUAUAUGCUGCCUGCUUGAUCUUGGGCUGCAUGAUUUUCCCAGAUGGCUGGGAUUCAGAUGAAGUAAAGCGCAUGUGUGGUGAGAAAACAGACAAGUAUACACUUGGUGCCUGCUCUGUUCGCUGGGCCUACAUUCUGGCUAUUAUUGGAAUCUUAGAUGCGCUCAUUCUUUCGUUUCUGGCAUUUGUCCUCGGCAACAGACAAGAUGGCUUAUUGCCAGAGGACUUCAAAGUGGAUACCAAAGAUGAUGGAAAUGCUUAAUAUAAAAUGAGGUACUAGAAGGUAACUGCUCAUUUUAUUAAUACCAAAUUCAAAAAAGGAAGCUCUACUGGAGAAUUUUCUGCUUUUCCUGUAAAAAGACGUUUGAACACCAAACCGUUAGAAGAACAAGAUAUGAACUGUGGAUUUGCAAGAGUACCAAUGUUCAUGUACCACUGGAAGUUAUAUUUGCUUUCCAUUGAGCUACAUGGAGUCCGAUCAAGAGGCAUUUUGCAGAGAAACUUCCUUCCAAAGGAAAAGAGAAUGCAUAUCCAACUUCCUUAGAUUGCUUCUCUUAGGUGAACAGUACAAAACGUUCACAGUACAGCUGAACUAUGUAUACAGCAAUACAGCAGCUGACAGCUUUAAAUCCAGAGUUGUCUCCUUUGCAGUGAUAGUAUUAUGUAUUCAUACUUAAUAGAAACAGGAAUUUUGUAUAGUAGUAGAUGGUCACAGUAUUAAUUUCAUCGUGCCAUUACGUAAGCUAUUGACUUGUAUAUCAAAAUGUACAUAUUAUUCACAAAGAUGUUAACAAGUUAGAGGUAAUUGAAAAUCAUGGCUCAUUUAUCACUAAUAUUUCUGGAACUAUUGUCAACUGUCAUUGGUUUGUCUAUUCCUUAUUCUUGAAUGUUUCCUAACAAGUACCAACUUACUUGAAAAGAUCAGCCUACUUUACUGUAUUCAAUCAUAAAUAUGCAUUACUGGAAUUGUGAUGCUAUUUGACAAGUAAGGCAUUUUGCAAUUUGCACAAUUAAAAUGGCUACAUUCAAGUAAGUUAUCCACAAUAGUGUGUCAAUUUAAGUGUAUUUUAACUGUGAAGCUAUGUGAAGCUUCUGUAAGUACAGUACAUCAUUUGCAAUGAUCUCACAUUGAAAGAUUUUGCAGAUUAAACACUGGAGUUUCCUCAAUGCCAGCCUUAACCACCGCUAUAUUGUGUGAAAACUCCAAAGAACAGCACAACACAUCUAUGUAACAUAAUUGAAGAUAAAAUAAGGAAAUAACAUUUGGGGGGAAAAAACGAUUACUUGUAACCAGCAUUGUAAAUGUAUUCCAAUUUCUUCCAUAUUCAAGUUGUCAAGAUUAGCAUCCAAAGUGAAGGUGAGCUUUGUUCUUCCACUAUA